GCAACCCUGCGAGCAGGUGAGGAACAUGCUGGAAAACCCGGGAGAUCGCGUUCAGCAGAUAGAGGCGAAACUGGAAAGGUUGGAAAGAAGAGUGGGGGAGAAGAAUUACAAAGAAAAACCCCUUGCUGAUUCUCCGUUCACUCCGAGGGUCCACUUGACGCCAUUCCUGCGAAAGGUCAAGGUGGAUGCAUCAAGGUUCACCGGAAAGGAGGAUCUUGAGAUUCACUUGGACUCCUUCAAUCAAAGUGCAACCAUGAUGGGGUGCACAGAUGAGGAAAAGUGCCUCUUUUUCUUUCAAACCUUGCGAAAUCAAGCCACAGAGUGGUUCAAUAAACUCCGUCUAGGAAGUAUUGACUCAGUCACAGAACUGGCCUCAAAAUUCAAGGCCAAGUUCGAGGAGAACUGUACGAAGAGGAAGAAGUUCACCUACCUCAGUACGGCCGGUCAGAGGAAAUCUGAGAAUCUCACUCACUUUCUUACCCGGUGGAAAGAGGAGGUGGACAAGGUCGAAGAAAUGGAUGACAAAACAGUCUUGUCUCUCCUGUUGAAUGGGUUGCGUUCCAGAGAAUUAUACAAAGAGUUUUGCCAGAGACCUUCGGCCACAUAUCAAGAGGCCUACCACACGGCGUGGGAAUUUGUUGAGGCUGAGACCGAGGUCUGGGCAAAGAAGGAGGUGGAGCACAGUUUCAAGCCAAAAUCGGUGCAAGUGAAGAAGGAAGAUGCACCGGGACCCAGCAAGCCGAGGCACCAUUAUGACCCAGUCAUUCGAGUGGUCAAUACGGAGGAGUGCUAGGAAGUCAGGAAGGCACUAGUCAAUUCUACCAGUAAUCUGGGACGCCACUGGUCGGGCAUGUAUUGUUCGUACCAUAAGUCCGACUCCCAUAACACUUUAGAAUGUAAAAGUGUUAAAGGAGUCAUCCGACAGAUGAUUGAAAGUGGAGAGCUGGGUAAGGAAUACAUUUGAUUAAAUUUACUUCUUGAUU